AUGGACUACCCGAAGAACAGUGGACCUCGGCGUGGGCCGGCGUGCGAUUCCCUGCCCACCGGGCGACGAUUAAAUUGGAUCCGCUUUAAGCCCAGGAUGGAAAUUGAUCGCAUCGGACAUUGCGGGCCCGAUAGGAAACGCCUUAAGGGACUGGACUUCCAGGUCCAAGUGAACAGUCAUUCACUCAACCACUCAGUUCGAGGUCCUACCCUCCCACUUCCAGGAGUCCCUGGAGAAGGCGGGGUUUCCGGCUCCGCCCGAAUAUGCCCAGGAGACAGCGAAGCUAAAGGUGCUGGAGGUGGCAUCGUGGCUGCACAGGGUGAGGACGCUGCACAGGGUGAGGACGACUCCAUCCCUUCUGGUCAGGUGUGGGCGGGGCCUCUUCAUGGAGCUCCAGCCUCUGCCCACCCCAGCCCUGCCCCUUGCCAACCACGCCCUGUCCCGCCUUCCCUGGCCCCGCCCAGGCUGAGUGGCCAGCAGCACAGUGUCAUCACCGGUGUGGCCAUCUUGAGGCCACUGUGGCAGAGGCAGCUUCAGGAGCCGAAUUCCACAUGCCCAGAGGCCCCAGAGGCGGAAGGGGACCCAGAAGCAGAAGUGGAAUUGUCACUGUUCCACGAAGAGACCCGUGUGACAUUCUCGCGGCUAUCGGAGCCACUGCUCUGCCAAUACGUGGAGAGCAGGGAGCCUCUGGACAAGGCUGGCGCCUAUGGGCUUCAGGCGCGAGGCGGUGCCCUAGCAGAGCGCGUGGAAGGGGAUUUCUUCAAUACCGUGGGGUUUCCACUCAACCGCUGCAUGCGUGAGCUGGCUGCCAUCUUCCCGGAUGUGGGACCACAUGUCCCUGUCAGCCAGCAUCCGGCCACACCCCAAUAAUGAGGAUUGUAGAUGGAGAAUGAGUAUGUGAGUGACUGUCCGGGCGGGUAUUCUGGUGAGAGAGUUACUGAAGGGGCGGGACUUCUGGUGAGUUUGUGAAGCAGUGACCCAUUUCCCAUGAUGCCCUUGGUGCAUUGUGUUUGAUUGACAGAGCAAGCUUCCCUCAAGUGCAUCACUUCCCAGUGCUAGGACACAGGACAUGGGGUGAGGUGUGUGGAGGCAGGGUUAGGGGACAGGCCCACCGAGGGGAGUACACCUAAACCCGCCCCUGUGGCCCCGCCCCUCCUGAUGUCCCGCCCUCACCAUCUCCAUGGGCCCUGCCCUUGCCCUCACUGGGUCCUGCAUGAGCAGCUUCACCAUCAGAUGCCUGUGAUGGACAUUUGACAUCAGGAGCAGGGUCAGAGGAGG